AUGCGGAACUGGAGUCGGGGUCGGGGCGCAGUGCCGGUCCGGGGUAGACCUGUCACUUCCGUUGUGGACCAGAAGGUGCGGAACCAGAAGUGGGUCAGACUGGCCACCGUGGUGUCCUACGUCCUGUCCGUGUCUCUGGCCGCCGUGGUCCUGGCCGUGUACUACAGCCUCAUCUGGAAACCCAGCCCCGGAUCCGGACUGACCCGGACCGAGCUGGGCCUGAACCAGACCCGGACCAGGUGUGAGGAUGGUCUUUGUGACUCAGACUGGACCAGGUCGGCUUUAACACACACGGACCCGCACACCGACUCCACAACCGGGGGUCAAACUGGUUCCGAUGUGAACCCUCAGACCACCGGACCCGGACCUGCAGACUCCGGUCCACUUCAGGCCGAACCGGGCUUCACCGGCACCCCUGAGCCGCCUGCAGUCACCGCGGAGGACCCGUCCAACCUGCCCACGCACCGGGACCCGGGCUCCGAGGGAUCUGAGUCCGGGAUGGAGGAGAAGUGA